AUGAUUAAUUAAACGAAUCAAUUAGCGAAAUUAAAGUAAGAAAAAUAAAAGAUAAAAUAAAAAUAUCCCAAUAGUUUAGAAAAGUAAUGUUAAGAUAAUAAAGAAAUAAAGAGUAAAAUGUCUUAAUUAAAAUAAGAAAUGGAUAAUAAUAGGUAAAAUAUUUCUCGAAAAACUGUUGGUCUUUAAUUAUUUUGGAGAGAAUUAAUUGGCUUAAGAAAGUCUAAAAAUUAUUAUCUAGAGAUUGAUCCUGUGUUAAUACUCUAUUAAUUAAUGAGAAAAGGAGAGUCCUUAGAAUUUCUAGAUGGAGAUACUUUGUCAAUUGAUACUCAAUUUUUAUUAGACUUAGAAAGUAAAAUAACAUAGAAUAAGAAACAAAAGAUCUUAGUUAUAAGUAUAUUAGGUCCAUAAAGUUCAGGGAAGUCCACUAUAUUAAAUAAAAUUUUUGGAUGUCAUUUUUGGGCUAGCGUUGGGAGAUGUACAAAAGGAAUUGAUUUGUAAAUCUUGUAAGUGUAAAAUGAAGAGUAAUUUCAAAAUCAUUUUGAUUAAAUACUAAUCCUAGAUACAGAAGGCUUAUAAAAUCCAAAUUAAAAUGAUCCAGAAUUUGAUAAAAAGAUUGCAUUAUUUGUGCUUUCAAUUAGUGAUAUCAUUAUAAUUAAUGUAAAAGGAGAAAUAAAUUAAUAAUUUAAAAGUUUGGUUGAAAUGUGCAUUUUUACUUUGGGGCACUUAAAAAAUGGAUUAUCAGUGUUUUUAAGUUGGUUCUUCAAUCAAAAUGAUAAUUACAAAAAUGUUGAACCAUUUAGACAAUAAAUUAAAGACGUCGCAUAAGAUUUAAAUAUAUAAUGGAAUGAAAAUUAUUAGGAGUAAUAAGUAGAACAUAUUGAUUAUGCAGAAAUUUUGGACAUAAAAGACAACAUUUAUGGUUUAGGAUUUGCUUCAGAUUAAAAAGGUUGGUAAAAGAAAGAUUGGAUUCAAUCAGUUAAUAAUCACACAUUUUCCGAAGAAGCAUACAGGCAAGGAAUUAAUAUGAUACAACAAUUUAUUUAAAAACUGUAAAAUUAAAAAGAUUCAUUAAAUAAUUUUAGUCAUUUUCUUCAAAAUGUUCAAAGAAAUUGGGAAAGUAUAGAAAAAUUGCCAGAUUUAUUAGAAUUUAGUGAAAUAAUGCAGCAUUAACAAAAUUUAGUGAUGAAAAAACAUUUUGAUGAACUUUGGAAUAAUUAAGAUAUAAGAUAGGUAGGUGUGAAUUUAAUUCAAGAGGCUAAAUUACAGUUAUAAAGUCAAUAGUAGAUUGCUUUUCAAAAUAUUAGAUAGAUAAAAUAAGAACAAGAAAAUAAAAUUGAAUAAACAAAUUAAUAAAUUAAAACUCAUUUAGAAGAGAAGAUGGAAACAUUUAGAAGUGAAAAUAAAAUUUAGAAAAAAAUCAUGUAAAAGUAUUUGGAAAAGCUUAAGAAGUUAAUAGAAGCUUUGGAAGCAGAUUGCAAAUUAAAAUUAUUAAAUUUAAUUCAAGAGUAUGAAAGAGAAUAUUAGUAGAAGAAAGGGUAUGUUUAAAUUGAUAAUUUUAUUUAAGAGGUUUUAAAUGAUCAAUUAAAGAGAAAGAAAUUUCAGGGAAAUGAUAAAGAAAUUGAAUCAGAAUUUAAAAAAAAAUGGGACGAAUUUAUAAGUGAAACUGAAAGGUAAUCCGAAUCAUAAUAUUUGGAAAUGAUUAAAGCAUAAUACAAAGCCUUGUAAUGUAUUUCUAACCAAUUUAUUUUAAGAACUAAAAAUGAAUAAUAAUAUAUAAACUAUUUUAGGAAUGAAAUAAUAAAAUAAAAUCCUAACAAUGAAUAAAGCAAAGAAUAAGAGUAAAUUUUUUAACUUUUUAAGUAAGAAUUCUCCGAAGCUGAACAAUUUAUAUUUAUAAAUAAAAAGCAGAAUAAUUUAGCUUAUCUUGACAUCUUUUAACAAAAAAUUGAAGAGAAAUUAGAAAAAUCUAAAGCCUAAUUUUUAGAUAUGACAUAAUUUUACUCACAGAAGAGCAUCUAUUAGGUUGUUGCAAAAUAGGAAAUUCAGAAUUAUUUACAAAAUCAAUUUUAGAAUGAUUUUCAAAAUUAUUUUAAAAAAUAUGAGAAACAAAGAAAUAUAAAAAAUUACUAUUAUAAUUUUCUAUCUCUACUUUACUAUUUGCAAAUUAAAUACGAUGAAGAGUUAAAAUAAGAAUUAGACAACAUCAUAAAUAAUCCUACUAGUUGGUAGCAACUUAAAUUGCUGAUUAGUUCUAAAUCUAGUUAAGUUUCUGAAGCUUUUUCAAAAUUAAAAAAAUCACUCAAAUUUUACGAUAAUGAUACUCUAGAAUUAGAUUUCUCAGGUAAGUAAUUUGGCCAAACUUUUUAAGAUGCAUAUCAAAGUUUGAAAGUUAUCAAAAUUGUUGAUAGUCCAUUAAAUGGUGUUGGUAGUGCGCUGGAUAAUUCUCAAAAGUUUAGAUAAUAACAGUUUUAAAAAUAUAUAAUAAUUGACACGGAGAUUGAAAUUAAACCAAAUUAAAAUUAGUUUUAGGAAGAUUUUAACUACAUAAAGUCUCCUAAAAAUGAUGUCCCUUAUAACUUCAGAACAACAUUUCCAAAACAAUUUAAUGAAAUUAUGAUAUAAUAAAAUGGUUGGAGAAAGCUUUAUAAUGAACUCUACGAAUUAAUAAAAUAAGAAAUUGGCUAUUCAAAAUCUACAAUCAAUAAAUAGGCUUAUCAAAAUAAUAUAGAAGAUGAAAAUAUUUCAUCUUUUAAUCCUUAUUUAAUUACAAGUAUAAUUUAAAAGGUUGAAAAUAACAUUAAAAUUAAAUAUAAUAAUUAAUUUGCUUAAUAUGGUGUAAUUUUAACUGAUGUUGGAGAAAGAUGUAUCUUUUAUUAUUGUAUUUUAAUUAUAUGGAGAUUCCUUUGCUAUUAAAGAUGGAAUUUAAAAAAUAUAUAAUAAAAACAUCAGCACAAUUAUUACACUGAAUUAAUUAGAUGUAAGGCUGAAAUUAAUUAAGAUAAUUAAAAAUAAAGUUGUAUUAAAGCAACUGAACUAGUCAGUAAGAUAUAAACAUUGUUAAAAAACUAAUUUUUGGAUCGAACUAAAAAGGAAGUUGUAUAAUAAAUGAAUUAAGUAAGCAUGUCGAACGUUGAGCUUAUAGCAAAAUUAGAUAAGGAAUUAUUAAUUGGUUUAAAUGCAAAAAUGUUUGAAGAUGAGCAGUUUAAAAAAAAAAUACUAUCUUAUACAACUGAUCAUAAAUCAUUUAUUAAUUUGUACAUAUUGAACAUACUAAAAUAAGUUUAAGAUUAAUCAUUAACUGAGUAUUCAAAUAAAUAUAGAAAAGAAUUAAGUUUAUACUUAAAAAGCAUAAAAAAAAAUGCCAAAAUUUUCUUUGAAUAUAUCAAAAAUCAACAAAAGGAAGUUAAAACAAUUAAAUAUUUUGUUGAAGAUGCCAAAUAAAAAGAUAAAAUAUCUUAUGAAAAUUAUCUUUUUAGAUUAUUUAUUUAAUGUCUUCUAGGUAAGAUUGAGGAUAAAAUUGAUAUUAUAGAGGACUAAUAUAAAGAAAUCUUCUAGCUUAGCAACUACCAUCCUGUAGAUAAUUAGUUUAAGAUUAAUUGGUAAUUAUUCGAUCCGUAAGAUCAAUAAGUUUACAAUCUAAAGUCAUUUGUUGAAACAUUAAUUCAAUAAAUUGAUCUAAUAUUAGAUAGUAUAGAUUAAAUACGGUUUAAAUAAACUGAGUAUUAACUUGAUAUUGAGUUUGAGAAAUUAAAAUUGUAGAUGAAUGGCUGUGAAUAUACAUGUCCAUGUUGUAAUAGAAAAUGUGAUGAAGAUAAUGAUGAUGUUAUUAACCAUAUUCAUAAAUGUUAAAAUGGCCAUUAAAUAAGAGGUAUUAAUGGUAUUUUGAUAUCACAUAACAGCCCAUCAUUAUAUACAUGUGAAGAAAUACUUGAUGAAUGCAUACUUAGGACUCUUGAAACUAAUGUAUAAAAAACUUGGAAAGAAGUCAAAAAAGCACAUUCAAACUGGAAUUUCAAAAAUAUCAACGAGGCAAAAAAUAAUGAAAAUAGAGUAAAAUGGAAAAAUGUUUGGAAUAUUGGUUUGGGAAAAUUAAUUUGUUAACACUUAAAAAAAUCAUUAAACCAUGAAAUCAUAUUCUCAUAAAAAUCAGAUUUUCAAAUUUCAAUUUCGAAUAUUCAUUACAUUCUCAUUCUUGAUGAUUCAGGGUCAAUGUAAGGAGUUAAUUGGGAUAAUGCCAAAAAUGGAGCUUUACAUUGUAUAAAGUCAUUAGAAAACGUUGAUUGUGCAAAAGUUAGCGUUAUAAUCUUUAAUGGAGAUGCAAGAAUAGUAGUAGAAUGUUAAAAACCAAACUACAUUUAGAUGAGUAGCUGCAUUUCUUAUAAAGGAGGGAAUACUGCGUUUGACCCUCCAUUUAAUUUGGCUCUCUAAUUGAUUGUAAAAUAUAAAGGCUUCAAUAAAAUUUAAAUAUUAUUUUAUACUGAUGGAGAAGCAGGCUAUCCAUAAACUACAAUUGAUAAGUUCUGUUAACUACCACCGUAAAUUAGAAGUCUAAUCAACUUAAUAGCCUGUUCUGGAGAAAAAUCUUCUCAUUCAUUAUAAUUAAUGAUCUAGAAGUUCUAAUAAAACAUGUAAUAAGCUUCAUUAAGAAAUUCUGUAUAACCCAUAGAAAUUUAGAAAGUUUGGACAGAAGUAGUGAGCAAAAAUAUUCAUUCAUAACUGGUUUGA